UACAAUGACCGUAGACCCCAACGCUCCGCCUUCAGAGCAAGAGGCUGUUUAAGCUGCUGUGUCGAGAGGUCGAGAGGCAUUCGACAUACUUAGUCUAGUGGAAAUGCUUCGUGCGUUGCGUUAAGUGUAUCUUGCAUUUUGUCGCUGACAUUUGCUUAUGGAGAUGUACAUUCUCUCUUUAGUUUUAGCCAGUGUGGCUGUUUCCCCACUGGUCCUGAAAAUGUUCUGUCCUUACUUUUGGGAUGAUCUGUCUUAUCUGAUGAAGCUAGUAAGGAUUUUGGUCAAAUUUGGGAAGCGUAGAAGGAGAAAACCGUUAUUCCUUGUUAUGGAUAGAUUUUUUGAGCAAACUUCGAAUCAUCCAGAUAGACCUUUCAUCGUGUUUGAGGACAAAUCGUUUUCUUACCGAGAUGCAGACAAAACUAGCAACAAAAUCGCCAAUGCUUUACAGAAGUACACCGAAUUAAAAGAAGGGGACACGGUGGCGCUUUACAUGGGAAAUGAACCUGCUUUUAUUUUUACCUGGCUUGCGUUGGCUAAACUUGGCUGCCCUGUGGCUCUGCUCAACAACAAUAUUAAGUCGAAGUCUCUUCUACACUGUUUUGGUUGUUGUGGAGCAAAACUGCUAAUUGCAGCUACAGAGCUGCAAGGUGCAGUAGAGGAUGUGUUGCCCUCCCUGCAUGAGCUGGGUGUGUCCGUCUUCAUAAUGUCGAAGGAGUGCAGCUCGCAGGGCAUGGAGAGCCUCGUGGACAAGGCAGAGGAGGCUGAGGACAGACCAAUAUCACCAUCACGGAGGGCGCACCUGACCUCCAAAAGCCCUGCGGUCUACAUCUACACCUCCGGCACAACAGGGCUGCCCAAAGCGGCUUUAAUCAAUCAGGAACGUCUCCUGGUUUCCAUGGCGGUGCUGGCAUCCAAUGGGGUGACUCCAGAUGACGUCUUCUACAUCAACCUCCCUCUGUACCACGCUGCCGGCUUCAUCAUCGGAUUCAUUGGCUGCGUUGAAACGGGGUCAACCAUCAUUUUACGACGGAAAUUUUCAGCCUCCCAGUUUUGGGAAGACUGCAGGAAGCACAAGGUCACAGUGAUCCAGUACAUUGGAGAGGUGCUGCGGUAUUUGUGCAAUACCCCCAAGAGAGAUAAUGACAGAGAUCACAAAGUGAGACUGGCUAUUGGCAAUGGUGUCCGUGCUGAGGUGUGGAAGGAGUUCCUGAACAGAUUUGGCGACAUUCAAGUCCGAGAGUUCUAUGCCGCUACCGAGGGAAAUGUGGGAUUCGUGAAUUACACCAGAAAGAUCGGUGCCAUCGGACGUGUCAACUACUUCCACAGGAAAAUCUUCCCCUACGCACUGAUUAAAUACGAUGCAGAGAGGGAGGAGCCAGUGAGGGACCAGAGGGGGCUGUGCAUUGAAGCUGAGAAAGGGGAGACGGGACUUUUGGUUUCAAGGAUAACAAAGAUCGCUCCUUUUGUUGGGUAUGCGGGAAAUGACCAGCAGACGGAGAAGAAGAGGCUACGGGAUGUCUUUCAGAAAGGAGAUCUGUACUUCAACACUGGAGACCUGCUGAGGAUCGACCACCAAAACUUCAUCUACUUUCAGGACCGUGUCGGCGACACCUUCAGGUGGAAAGGAGAGAACGUGGCAACCACUGAAGUGUCUGAUGUCCUAGCUAUGGCUGACUGUAUCCAGGAGGCAAACGUGUAUGGCGUCAAAGUACCAGGCCUCGAGGGGAGGAUCGGAAUGGCAGCUAUCACAUUAAAAGCAGGAGCAGAGUUUGAUCCCGUUGGCGUCUUCAGCCAGGUCAGCAGCUACCUGCCUGCUUACGCCUGGCCGCGUUUCCUGAGGAUCCAGGAUUUCUUGGAGAUUACUGGGACCUUCAAGCAGAUGAAAGUUAAAUUGGUGGGAGAGGGGUUCAGCCCAUCUGCUGUGUUUGACCCCCUCUACUUUCUGGAUGAGAAAGAGAAGUGCUAUGUACCAAUGACCCAGCAGAUUUACAGUUCCAUAGAGUCAAAGACCAUUAAGCUGUGACUUCUUGUAAUAUAGUUACCUUUUCUGUUGUACAUUAUUCUGAGAAACUACUGCCUUGUGUAACCUAUUUUUAAUUUGCCAACACAGAUUGUCUUUAAUAAAGUGAUUGUAACAUGUAGCAGGAUACCUCAGGGAUAUUAGAUAUUAAAGUAGAUGUUUUCAUGAAUCACAUUAAAUUUAACAAGUAAAACAAUCAUUGAAUUAGUAUUUUGUGAACUGAGUUGCAUUUACUAAACUCGCCUGGGUAUUUCCUUCAUAUUCAGUAGUUAUACUGUAGCUUUGCUGCAAAUGAAACUACAAAUGGGACAAACAUGCGUUAUGCAUAGACAGAGUUAUAUGGAGGAAAUCAUUUUCAGUUCUGUGUUCUCCUAACACAAAAGGAAAAGUUGAUGCCUGACUAUAACUGAAUUGUUUUAUGAAGGUGCAAUAUUUUGAUGGUUGGUACGAAACACUUCACCUUUGGUUUGCAGGUGAAUCAGGGUAUUUAUUUUCAUCCCCCUUUUGAAAAUGUAAAUUUUUACUUAAAUUACUGGUAUUGGAGAGCAGUUCUCAGCUGACUGUGCCUACAGUUUGAGAUAAAGAAAAUAUUGGUGAGACCAUUGUGUGGUCUUAAGCCAGAGUGGACCUAGUGGACUUGAGAUCAUUAUUCACGAUGUGCAUGAUGUACAAGACCAUGAAUAAUUCCGUACAUUGCCCACACAUCUAAAUAAAAUAUAAAUAUAAAAUAAAUUAUCAAAGGUAAACAAAUUAUAUUUUUUGAUAAUGGUACAGUAAUUUAGUCUUUUUAUCCAGAGAUUUCAAUAUUUGUUUAUAAAUGGUAUAGAAGGGUUUGAGUGUAGUCACUCCUUCCUGGGACCAACUGAUUAUGCAAAAUGAUAAAGAAGAGAAAAUCAUUGUGCAGUGAUGAUGUGCAGUGUGAUUGAGCCAUUCACACACUCCAUUUGAAGAUGUAGUUUAGUAACAGCUUGUUCUUUAGUCUUAGCAUGCAAAUAAAUCAAUGGUCCUAAAAUGGAUCCCUGCAGAACACCAGUAGAGAAUAAAAGAAGAGGUCUUUUCACCAAUUUACUGUACUUCCUUGUGAUUAAAUAAGAUUCCAUCCAUCCAUGACAGUGUGUUAAUAGAAAAUCUAAAUGUUUAUUUUGAUCUGUGUCAAAUGCCUUCUUGAAAUCGAGGAGGACUGCACCUCCUACACCAACUUGAUCAAAUCUAGCCUUGAUUUGGUAAAAAUAAAAUAAAAAGCGGUUUGAAGUUUCAGUCGAAUGAUAUUUCCGAAAUCCAAACUGCUUGGGUAGAGAGGAAACUUUUCAUCUGGCCCAGAAUGUAUUAUUACACUGUAUGAUACUUCUGUAAUAUGAAAAACAGCAAAAUGAUAAGUUACUUGGUGCAAUUACUUUUGAUCAUGAAUCAAUAUCCUUUGCCAGAUCCAGGACAUAAUUUGAACAUAUUUACAUUCUGUUUGUUUUCAUUGAUCCUGUAAUUGACAAUUCCUGUUUAUUUUUAGUGUCCUUUUUCCAAAACCUUGUUUAACUCAUCCAAAAUUUGUCAGCUAUUCAUUUUUGCUUCAUUGAUCAGGUCAAUAAAUAAUGUUGCCUUC